AUGGCAUUCUGGACGUCACUCAUUCUUCUUCCACUCGUUGUUUUGACGGCCUUUCGAUCCUGGGGACUCCUGCGUAACUACUUCGAAGCACGCAAACUGGGCAUCCCUAUCGUAAUUACGCCCGUCUCCUGGCAUGAUACCAUCUGGGGAUUGUUCGCCGAUAGAUUUAGAUGGAUCAGAAAUUUCCCGUUUUCCGGGUGGUACGAAAUCAGUCUCUUUUCGUUUGCCCAGCGUCAACGGCAUCUUCCGCAUCAGAAGUACGGCGACGUGUAUGUCGUCGUCUCACCCUCAGCCAACUAUAUCAUGCUCAACGAUCCCAAAACCAGCCUGGAAGUACAGUCACAUUAUAAAAUCUGGACCAAACCAGAGCCCGUAUAUGAAAUAUUUACCACUCUAGGCAACAACCUCAUUGCCGACAAUGGAGAAGACUGGCAACGCCAGAGAAGGAUAGUCAAUCCUGCGUUCCGCGAGCAGAACUAUAGGCUUGUCUGGGAGGAAUCUCUGAGGCAGGCUCAGCAGUGGCUGGACGGGCGACAAGCGCAAUCGAACAGAAGCGCCACGAUGCUUGACGUUCGCAAAGAUAUGGUGCUGAUAGCCCUACACGUUCUCUCCGGCGCAGGCUUCGGUCAGAUCCACGAUUUUUCGAGCGGAUUGCGCGACACACCACCAGGCCACAUCAAAAGCUUUCCUGAUUCACUGAUGUUUUUGCUCACGAACCUGUUGAGGGUGGUUGUGUUCAAGAAUGUUCGACUUCCAAAGUUCCUGAUGCCAAACUUCAUUCAAGACCUUAAAGACACUGUGGAAGACUUCAGCUUGUAUCUCAGGGAGAUGGUGGCUUACAAUCGAGCAACCACCCAAGGCGGAGGUGGUGGACAAAACGCCGAUAUGGUGAGUGCCUUGGUUGAAGCAGACGAGGCAGCGAAGCGUGAAGAAAAGAAACCCGGACUAGGAGCUCGCGCAAAGCCGACGCACCUAACGGACGACGAAAUGUACGGGAAUCUAUUCUUGUUCAAUCUUGCAGGGUUUGAGACGACUUCAAACACCUUGACGUACACUGUCCCAUUUCUGGCUGCAAAUAAUGACGUACAGAACUGGGUUGGAGAGGAAGUCGACUCGGUACUUCAGGAUAAGGCUGUGCAGGAUCUCGAUUACGAGAGUGUUUUCCCUUCGCUUGUCAGAUGUCUGGCUGUGAUGCAUGAAACACUUCGUAUCUUUGGACCCAUUUCUAGCAAUGCACGUUGGCCGGCUGGAGAAUCUCAAGUUCUCCGUAUAGGUGACCGUGACAUUGUCGUCCCAGCGGGGACAUUUGUUAUGACCAACUUAUAUGGCCUCCACAGCGAUCCUCGGUGGUGGGGCCCGGACUGUCUCGAAUGGAAGCCUCGGAGAUGGAUCAUGCUCGAUCCGGAGACCGGAAAGGAAACCCUCGCUCCACCACCGUCUGGUGCCGCGUACAUACCCUGGGCUGUUGGCCCUAGAGUAUGCCCGGGGAAGAAAUUCAGUCAAGUUGAAUUCGUGGCGGUGAUCGCCAUGUUACUCCGCUCAUAUCGGCUCAAGCCUUUGGUGAUUGAAGAGAAGAUGAAGACCGAAGAGCAGGCCAAGCAAGCCUUGAUUGAUGUUAUGUAUGACUCCCUGACCAGAGUGACCGUGAACAUGAGGCAUCCGGAGAACGCAGGGGUUGUCUUUCUUGACCGCUGAAGAGGGUAGCUUGGAUGCUGGCCGCACUUCAAUCUUUGACAUAGUUGGCGAGGGAAUAGGAUAUGC